GGAAUGCGAAGCCAGCCAACCACUUGAAAUGCAACGCUUUCAGUCACUCGCAAAUUCUGCAAACAAGGACUUUUGCUAUAUAUCUUUUGUUAUUUAACUUUGUGCGAAAAGUGUAAGCGUAUUAUAUUCAAGUAAGUACACUGUUUACAUUAAUGAUAUUUCAUAUUCUUGCAAAUGAUAUGAGUAGGGAUUGGAUUCAAACUCGAUUAUUAUUUACAGUGUCUCGAAACUUGAACCCAUCCUCAACGCAACUUGAAAAGUUAGUUGAUUUGAUGGAAACAAAACGUUGGCUUGCUACCGGUCAUGCGCGUACGGCGAAUGCUCGUAACCGCAGCCGCGCAGCAUGGCAAGAGAUUGCUGAUGCAUUGAACAGUGGAGGCAGUGGCUGUAUAAAGUCGUGGCAACAGUGGUGUAAGAAUGAAUCUGCAAUGGCUGUGUUGGGUGACAUUAUAUCACCAUUGCCUGGACCUUCACAGCCAGUUGUCACCGCUGAAAUAGAAGAAAUUCCAGGACCACUACCGGUUACAGUAGUUGAUCAGAUUCCAUUAAGUGAGGAUAGCGAGGUUCCUCAACCACCACCAGAUGAGUUAGAAACAACAGAUAAUGUUCCAUCGCCUGCACGACGGCAGCUGAGAGUAGGGCGCCGGCGCAUUUUGCACCGGUCGCCGGCCGGUGCCAGUGGCUCUGCGGCGCGGCGACGCCUCCUGCAUAGAUCUCCUCCGUCACAACGACGCUCCGAGAUGGUUAGCUUGACGGAGAGAUUUAUAGCUAUCGAAGAGGGGCGGGCCGAGGCCGAAUUAAUUGUUGCUCGCUCCCAUGAGCUGUAUGCGCAGAGCCAGCAAGCAAUGGUUGGUGCAGUCGUCCAGCUGGCGCAGGCAUUUAAUGCCCUAGCAGAGAAUUUUGUUAGGGCAAAUAACAAUAAUUAAAACUAUAUUUAAUU